AUGCUUCCACGCACCAAGUACAACCGCUUCAGGAAUGACUCGGUGACAUCGGUCGACGACCUUCUGCACAACCUGUCGGUGAGCGGCGGCGGCAAGGUCUCGGCGGCGCGCGCGGCCCCGGCGGCGGCCCCCUACCUGGUGUCCGGAGACGCGCUGCGCCGGGCGCCCGACGAUGGGCCGGGCAGCCUGGGCCACCUGCUCCACAAGGUGUCCCACCUGAAACUCUCCAGCUCGGGCCUCCGCGGGCGCUCGGCGGCCAGGGCGCGGGCGGGCGCGCGGCUCUCGGGCAGCUGCAGCGCGCCCAGCCUGGCCGCCCCGGACGGCAGCGCGCCCCCCGGCCCCGGCGCCCCGGCCAUGCGCGCCGCCAGGAAGGGCCGGCCCGGCGACCAGCCGCCGCCGCGCGCCCCGCACGCCAGCGACCAGGUGCUGGGGGCCGGAGUCACCUACGUCGUCAAGUACUUGGGCUGCAUUGAAGUUCUGCGCUCAAUGAGGUCUCUUGACUUCAGCACAAGAACACAGAUUACCAGGGAAGCCAUCAGCCGUGUGUGUGAAGCUGUCCCUGGCGCCAAAGGAGCCUUCAGGAAGAGAAAGCCUCCCAGUAAAAUGCUGUCCAGCAUCCUGGGCAAGACCAACCUCCAGUUUGCGGGGAUGAGCAUCUCGCUGACUGUAUCGACCGCCAGCCUGAACCUGCGGACGCCCGAUUCCAAACAGAUCAUUGCGAACCACCACAUGCAGUCCAUCUCCUUCGCGUCAGGGGGAGACCCGGACACAACAGACUACGUGGCGUACGUGGCCAAGGACCCCGUUAAUCGCAGAGCAUGUCACAUUCUGGAGUGCUGCGACGGGCUGGCCCAGGAUGUCAUUGGCUCCAUCGGACAGGCCUUCGAACUCCGCUUUAAGCAAUAUUUGCAGUGUCCUUCCAAGGUGCCCGCAUUCCACGACCGAAUGCAGAGUCUGGAUGAGCCGUGGACUGAAGAGGAGGGGGACGGCUCAGACCACCCGUACUACAACAACAUCCCGAGCAAGACACCUCCUCCAGGGGGCUUCGUGGAUGUGCGGCUGCAGGCCAGACCCCAUGCCCCCGACACAGCCCAGUUUGCAGGAAAAGAGCAAACUUACUACCAGGGGAGACACUUAGGAGACCCAUUUGGCGAGGACUGGCAGCAAACACCUGUCAGGCAAGGGUCCCUGGAUAUCUACGGCAUGCCGGAGGGGAAAGCGCACACGGCCCCCGGAGAAGCCCCCACGUACGUGAACGCCCAGCACCUCCCGCCUCAGGCCACGCCGGCGUCGGGCAGCAGCGCAGAAAGCAGCCCGCGGAAGGACCUCUUCGACAUGAAACCUUUUGAAGAUGCUCUCAGGAACCAGUCCUUGGGGCCUGUGCUGAGCAAAGCGGCCUCCGUGGAGUGCAUCAGCCCCGUCACCCCCAGAGCCCCAGACGCCAAGAUGCUGGAGGAGCUGGAAGGGGAGCCUUGGUACCAAGGGGAGAUGAGCCGGAAGGAGGCCGAAGGGCUGCUGAAGAACGAUGGGGACUUCCUGGUCCGGAAAAGCGCCACCAACCCAGGCUCCUUCGUCCUCACAGGAAUGCACAAUGGCCAGGCCAAGCACCUGCUGCUCGUGGACCCGGAAGGCACGAUCCGGACAAAGGACAAGGUCUUCGACAGCAUCAGCCACCUCAUCAACCACCACCUGGAGAACAGCCUGCCCAUUGUCUCCGCAGGAAGCGAGCUCUGCCUCCAGCAGCCGGUGGAGAAGGCUCCGUGACCGGCCAGCCACCCUGUCCUGACCCCACACCGAUGGUCAGGAGUCCUGGCUCUUCCCGGAAGAUGGAUAUGAAGGCUCUGGAAACUCAGGCCGCUGCCCGCGGGCUCAGAGCCUCAUCCAAAUGCCCCAGGAGGAAAGUGUCCGUCAAGUGCAAGUUUCAUAAACUUGUUCUGAUUUUCUCAUGUGCAUAUUAAAGGUGUACAUACCUA